AUGGCAUCCUCCAUCAACACCUCGACCAACGGCAACGGCAAAGCACCCCAAGCCCCCGGAAACCGACCAGCGAACAGUCUGGUGCAGGUGCAGCCCGCCCGUGCGGAGGACUUGCAGCCACGCUAUGCCCAGCAGAUCAAGCACGAUGAUGACAAUCCAGAUGCGCAUGGAUGGUAUGCUUCCAUGAUUCACGGUCUUGGUGAAUGUAUUGGUUGCUUGGGAGCUAUCCCCUGCUGCGUUUUUUGCCCUAAUCCCUUCAAGCCCGUCGCUCAGGGCGAAGUCGGAUUGAUCCAGCGAUUCGGCCGGUUCGAACGCGCCGUCGACCCCGGUCUUGUCAAAGUCAACCCUCUCAGCGAGCGAUUGAGAACAGUCGACGUCAAGAUCCAAAUCGUCGAAGUUCCCCGUCAAGUCUGCAUGACCAAGGACAAUGUCACUCUCAACCUCACCUCAGUCAUCUACUACCACAUCGUGGCACCCCACAAAACCGCCUUCGGCAUCACGGACGUUCGCCAAGCCCUCAUUGAGCGCACCCAGACCACGUUGCGACACGUUGUCGGCGCCCGCGUCCUGCAAGACGUAAUCGAGCGCCGCGAGGAAAUCGCACAAUCCAUCAGCGAGAUCAUCGAAGACGUCGCCGCGGGCUGGGGCGUAAAAGUUGAGUCCAUGCUCAUCAAGGACAUCAUCUUCAGCAACGACCUGCAAGACUCGUUGUCCAUGGCUGCUCAAUCCAAGCGGAUCGGUGAGAGUAAAGUCAUUGCUGCUCGUGCCGAGGUUGAGUCUGCCAAGUUGAUGCGUCAGGCUGCUGAUAUCUUGUCCUCGGCGCCCGCUAUGCAGAUCAGAUACUUGGAGGCCAUGCAGGCUAUGGCCAAGACGGCUAACAGCAAGGUCAUCUUCUUGCCCGCUCCGGGCCAAACGGUGUCGCAGCAACUUUCGUUGGCUGAAAACCUUGGCGAAGGGCCAAGCAGAUACCAGAAUCAAGAUCACAGCUACGAGAAUGAGGACGGAUUCCAGCGUGCUAUCAACGCACGUGUUGUCGAGAACAUCUAA